UCUCGCGUUGACGGCGAGUAGAAAGGCAUAGGCUGGUCGGUCAGUGUGUGCAUGAACAAGGGAUACACCGGUACUUCAAACCCCUUCCUUCCUUCAUCGUCUUCAGUGUGAUCUUAAUUCGGGUCACCAUGAGGUCAAGGAACAUACUGGUGCUCGCGAUAUGCGCACUCACGUUGCCGUAUGCACUCUGUCAGGCAGAGAACGGGGAACUCGGGGAAAUGGAGCAGUUGAAGAGACUGAUAGGAGCUUUGUCCAGACAGGUGAUGCUGCAGCAGGUGGCAGCCGAGGAGAAGGUCCGCUCAGACGGGGCAUCAGGAAUCAAGCAGGUACGCGCCACCUCCAGCGGGCCCCUCACCUACAACGUCAACGCCCACACUGCCUCCGGCGUAGCCUCAAUACACGACCACACCAACAACCGGAUCACGCUAGGACAGGGAGAAGGUGUGUUCGUCCUGAAUGGAGUCGAGUUCCGCACACGUCACAACGACUACCCUCUGCGCAUGGCGAGCAGGAAGUCGAAGAAGUACAACGUUGUGCAAGAAGUGAAAUUUCCCGACGUCCCCCCGGAGGUGUUGAACAAAACGACAGUGCAGGAGCAGGAAAAGAUUCGAUUUACAAGCUACACAGGCCGGAAGAGCAUGGAGGAGAACUUUGCCUACCUGCCCACGACCAUCAUCAACAUUACCGCCUCUGGCAUCCCCGUGUUCGCCCAGUGGAACUACCGGAUCCUGUGUCACCCGUUAUCACGUGAUCUGCCUACGUCAUAUCUCAAACUUGUAGACGAUCUGGGAGUAAGGAUGGCUCGAAGGUUCACCAUGGAGAGACUGAAGGUAUCACGAGCAGCCCGCUAUAGGGUCCAGGGCCCAAAGGACCACUUGCCCAGAGCGUGGGCGGAGCUUGACCGCCUCAUGUCCGAGAUUCCAGGCCGAGACAACUACCCGGCCGACAUUACGGACGACGCUUUUGGCACCACGUUCUACCACCCGGGGAAGGAGAAUGACACAGCCAUGAACGUGGGGUUCUACCACAGGAGCUACAAAGUGGGCAAGGCUGACGCGAUGGGUCUGAAGUACGGUAGACGAGGCUUCAGCGACCCCAAUCUAUUCGUGGCAGAGACAACCCAGCCCCGCGUGGCUCCGCUGUACCUGCGGCAGUGCAAGCGUAAGGUUUGCCAUGAGACCACGAAACGCAUGACGUACGCCAUACCGCUGGAGAUCGUUUACCUCACGCCACUGCACCAGUGGAACCCUUACAACUUGACGCUCAGACCAAAAGCACAGAGGUCGGUCGUUACUGAAUCCGGCAAGAGGAACGGCAAGUUCACUCCAGAUAAAGCUUAUAAUGGGUCAUAUCACUCAAUUUAUUACCGCAUUCCGACAGAGCUUUUCACUGGAAGAGAGGUGGGUAAAGACCCGGCAGACACGGUCAGAGGCUCUGUCGGCGUCCUUGACGACGAAGGCAUCGUGCGACGUGUUUCCGCCUCCGGGAUGCGCGUCAUCCUUCCGAAUAUUCCCGGGGUGGGGCCACUACGCACCCGGUAUCCUAUCAUGCCUGUGCACGGGGAGGGUGGGUCAGUGUGGAAAGAACUUAACGCUUUAAAAGACAUUGUCCUACAGAUGAAAACCAAACAGGCAUAUCUUUACGAGAAACCGAUAUUCCAGCAGAGAAGUUCAACUGCACCACCCACACAACCUGCAAGAAAACGGUGGCAGAAGACAACAAAUCGCGGCCGGGGAACCACACCUAGAGGCUCUAGGCGGACGUCACCAACACAAACCACGCCCACUAAGGGAAGGGGGACAACUAAAAACUCAAGACGCGGACGCCCGGCUAAAGUGACAACGCCCAUAACUGCUCUGGAGGCAACUCUCACUCCACCGGAGGUGGAGGACGGUGCACCUGCAUUGAGUCUGGUCAUGAGCACCGCCACUCUGGACCCACCAGGCGAGCACUCACACACGGUGGACCUCACAGCUGACGAGAUAGACAGCUUGAAGACAGGAGGGACCGUAAUCACCGUGAGCAGCGAGGACAACGGACAUGCCCACAGCGUUCAUGUGAAGUACUACGACGGACGCUAUCACGUCGUAUUGUGUGACGGCAGCCAGUUGCCAUGCUGGGACGGCCACGGACCUUGCCUCAUGAGGAAGAUGGAUAAAUCGUGCCCUAAAGAAACAGUUGAGUCUGUCUCUUCUACCACCUCCACGCCUACCACUCCAAAGGUGGAUAAAGACCCUGGCACUGACGGCACCCGAGUGGCAACACCGACAACGGUCAGUCUGGCUGAAGCUACAACUUCUGAUCUGGCAUCGAAGGCCUCAACUACCCUUGGGAGAGAUUCUGUCACCAACUCUAAUGAUCAAGAAUCAUCGGUGUCAAACCCAUCAACGACAACAAUUACAUCAACGGAUACAGAGUCAAAAACAACAUCCUCAUCAACCCCCGGGGUUAGUUCUGGCGCGAACCCAACUAUAUUAAUACCUUCGGUGGAAACUUUACUGGAGUCUGUGAGCCCUUCAAGAGCACAUGUGAGCCCAACGACAAAAUCAUUAUCACGUGAUACAUUAUUCGCUUUAACUGUGAAAUCACUAAGUACUCCCACGGUGACGUCAACACUUGGGAGCACAAAAGAGUCUGAAACUUCUUCAACAACAAACCUCCAACAGCUUAAAUUUGGAUCCGGUUUUAUAAUAGAAUCAAAUAGACAUGAUACUCCGACAACAGUUACAACAGAAACGACUUCCAUUAAGUCCACAGACUCUAUAGAUUCCAAGGGACACGAUACUUCGACAACAGAUACUAGAACAUCGACUUCCAUUAAGCCCACAGAUUCACCUAACCCUUGUGCACAAAGCUCAGAUGUGAAUUGUUCCGAGGUUUCAGUUCCACCGCUUUCCUCAGAAUCCCCAGAAACUCCCACACAAAGUUCCCCGACCUCACCUACAGAUUUAACUCCGUCACAAACUUCAGAACAAGCCUCACACUCAAGUUCCGGAAUUGUCCCUGAUCCUUCUUCCUUUCCUCCAUCUUCUUCUUCUUCCUCUCCCUCUUCCUCUUCGUCUUCCUUUUCCUCUUCCACAGCCACGUCUGGAACUCCAACACCAGAGUCUGGGAUGACUAACGAACUUACUUCUCAACAAGACACGAGGGGGAGACUGAAUAACAACAAUUUCCGUCUCCCACCUGGAACCACCUCGUUCACAGGGGUCACGCCCCCUCAAUCGGGAUGGAACUCUCUGUCCAAUAGAAUCCCUCGUAGAGAAAGGCCAUCGGCAGUCAACAAUCGCCAGUUCCCAUCAAGGCCGUACGACACCCCGGGCACUUUCUGGAGAAAUCUUUUCCGGGGCUGGACUGGUCACUGAGAUGUCGUGAAUGGAUUGGUUACUGGGAUAUCGUGAUUUGACUGGUCGCUGAGAUGUUGUGACAAGAUUGGUCAGUGAGAUUGUGUUAUUAGAUUGGACAACGAAAUGUCGUGAAUGGAUUGGUAGCUGAGAUGUCGUGAAUGGAUUGGUAGCUGAGAUGUCGUAAAUGGAUUGGCUACAGGGAUGUCGCUAAUGUAUUGGUCUCUGACAUGUCGUGAAUGGAUUGGUCCUUGUAAUGUCGUGAUUUAACCAAGUGCUGUACUUUUCGUCAACAAAUCAGUUAUUCAUAUUUUCUCUUGUUUUGGGAUAAAAUGUGCAUUCAAUGCACUUUUUUUAAACUCUUCGAGGGCGUACCGGACACUUAUGUGCAAGAGCAGACCAAAGGGCAUGUUGUAACAUAUUUCGAAUUAUAGGCCUAAUAAUCACAUCAGAAACACGAAUUUGCACAUGAUUUCAUAGUAAAAAGCCCUAUACUUUGCCUUUUAAAGUUUCAAGUAAAGAAUGUUAAAUUGAAAAGUCUCUAUGAAUGGCUAUAAGCAUAAUUACGUUUCUUUUCUUAAAGUGCUCUAAAAAAGUACAUUAGUGCAUGUUCAAGCGUUGUUGAAAAACCAGAGUUCUUCAAAGAGUUAAAAAUCUAUACGUUUCAUAGUAGGGCCAAGUGAUAACGCUCGACUCGAGGGAUGAAAAACUCACAUAGAAUUAAACGUCUGGUGUUUAGUGGAAUUCUUAUACCCAAUGGGAUCAUAGAACAACUUUAAAUGUCAACAGAACACACAUCAUAUUUCCUCGUGCACACCCUUAAAUAAUAUUUCACUCGCUCGUGUGACCGUGUACAGAUGCGAGCGCCGUAAAGCACUUACCACAAAAAAAAAGAAGAAAAGCACCCUAUCUCAUCAGCGUCCUGUGAUGACUUACGUCUCCUAUUGGCACCGAAGACGAAUCACUCCACCCCAGCCCCCCCCCCCCCCCCCCCCCCCAAUCUAUUUCUUUUUUCAGAAACAUUUAAUUUUCCUCUUCCCAACUGGUGUGAUUCAUAUUCACGUGGAGCUUAUUAUGUUAAGAACACAAUGUGUUUCUUUUUAUCUAAACCGGUAGUGUUGAAAAAGCAGGGGUAUGAAAGGUAGCCUUUCAUCUGAACAGACGAUUUUAGUUUGCUUUUGUGCCUGAUAACAACUGCUGGUUGUCAUGGUUACUAUGUGUGAGAUGUGCCUGUUUAGCGUCUCUCAAAUGUUGUAUGUACUGUAAGUUAAACAGACAUUGCGUUACUCUACGUUUGUAAGAUAUUUGUAUAGCUCUUCCUCUGCUGUUACAAUGUUAAUAGUGCGUUCCAAUGUUGUUCUCAGGACAUUCACAUUGUUUUCUUGCUAUAUGUAAUUUUAAAAUCAAAUUUUGAAGUUGAUGUCUGUUUUGUAAAGGGACAAAAUACAGAAUUUCAAACUGAAAUGUGAGAGAUACUGCGACAGCAUAAACAUCCCAAGACAUAUCCACUUGAAAACAGUUCACUUGAAAUAUUUCUAAUCAGAUUGUUUCUGCUUUGACUUAUUAAAAGACUCGGAAGUGGGAAGACACGAUUGCCCACAUUAACUGUAUAUGAUUUUAUUGAUAUAGUAGAAAACGAAAACUAUUUCAAUUUAUGAGACAAUUCUUUGAGAUACUAAGAUCAGACUUCGCAAUCUAUGGUUGUUCACUUCAGUGUUUGAAGAACUAUUAGCAUUGUUUGUUCAUAUUGUUAUACUUAAGUAGAAAACUGUAAAGAUAAUUUUUUUAAUGCCUUACCCAGAAAGAAACAUUAUUUAUCGCACAUCAAAUUUUGAAUCAUAUCAGUUUCAUACAACUGACUUUUUAAAGCAGCGCCUGCCGCUGAUCACGGCAAUGUUAUGAUUUUAAUAUCUCCAAAUGAAGGAAAUAUAUAGACAUUGUUUUUACCAAAAAUCUUAUCUUGCCUCAAGGUAUUUACAGGUAGAUUUCCAGACAGAAAAGGGUGGAGUUGGUGGCCUUGUGGUUAGGCUACCAAACUCGUAAUCAUUGGAUUGCGGGUUCGGGGAUUCGAGCGUCAGCUCGGUCCGACGUUGUGUCCUUGGGAAAGGCACUUUACCCGCAAUUCAGAUUUUGCUCUGUCCUUUCGGGGGUCCCGCCUUUCAAAUAUCCUAAUAGUGUUGAUAGGGGCGUUAAACGAAAACCAUUAAAUUUCGCCAUUUUCACCAGACACAGAAAAAACAUCUUUUAACAAAGAUAGAUAGUACGUCUGUUCGCUUUUUCAAAUCAAGUUAUUACAUGUGCGAGCACUUAUAUUCUUGACUGUGCGUAUUAUGUACUCUGUUUUGCGCUUGCGCUCAAAAAGCGAGGAUUCGAUUUCCUUGCGAGAAGAUAUUAAAUCACCAAAGACCGUCCUUCAGCUGGGCUGCAUGAUGUUAUAUUCAAUUCAGUCAUGUUUUGCUCUUACAGGCAGUGUCCGAAAUAAACAGCUACCUCAAAAAAUUGUUAUCUAAACUACGUUGAUGGAGUCGUAACUCAUUCUGUUAGAGAGAAAGAUGAUUGUAUCAAGUGACAAGAACAGAAAGUGCCAUGGUUUCAGAAUAACAUAACAGGACACGUUUAAUUAAAUAUCCCUUUGUGCAUUCUUGUAUGUGUUUACUUUGUUAUGAUUUUUGCGUAAAAGUAUUGAUUCUUUUGCUGUCACAUUUUGAUAAUCGCGUUUCUUGAAAGUUAUGGUAUGUUAGAAACUUUUAAGGAAUGAUUGUUUGUUAAUUGUUAGCAUACAUUGUACACUUACCCGCAAAAUAAUACACUUUCUCGCAUGUGCACGUGCAUGCGGAUAAACAUUCCUGCACACUGCACAAUUACUUAGUUUAUACCUCAAAAGGCUCAGACACACAAAUACACCC